AUGCAGACACGUUCGUUCUCCAUGGCGGUGGCCGCGUUGCAGCGGCAGCUGCGCAACCAUGCGACACUUCAUAUCAUGGCCAGCGACCGAACCGUGCGCCUGCUCGUGGUGGUCACGGCGCUGCUGUUUCUGCCCUUGGACUUCACGCAACUGGCCUUCGCGGUCACAGGGGCUUGUAUCUAUACCUUCAUCCAGCACGCCUCAGAGCACGAGGAUUGGUGGCCGAUGAGCUCCAAGAAGUCGAAGGGCAAAGGGGCCCGCAAAGCUCCACGGUCCAUGAAGGCUUGGCCCCCACGCCUGCCGGGCGUUUGCUGGGAGGCCGACGUGCAGCUCCUGUUGGCCCAGAUCACCCCCGGCGCCGAGGCGGAGCGCGCCGUCGCCCGCAUCGUGGAGACGGUGCGCCCCGCCCUACCGCCCGCGCCGAGCGCCGCGCCGCCGCUUCGGCGGUUCGGAGCGUAUGCGGUGAAUGCGUGGGGCGAAUGCGCAGCUUCGACGUGGGUGAGGUUCUUUCGUUGGGUCCUUUGGGUGGUUUGGGAGGCCUUUUUGGACGUGGCUUCUGCCUAG